AUGGCGUCGCACUGACAGCUGGGAGACUUUCAUUAUCUUCUCAGUCAGUGACACAGCGGCCGGGCCGUUAGCGGAGCCGUCUGCGUUUCGUAUUUAACCGAGAAAUGGGUUCACUACAGGCGCAGUCUUUGUCCUGAAAAGGCUGUCGUUUAAAAGGUGCGGCGUAAUAACGGAUUUAGUACAAGUGUCACGCCCACUCUGCUCGGUAACGUUAAAACGAUACCGUACGGUAAGUUAGCAGGGCUUCCAGCUAACCAAGCCAGACAGCUAGCAGCCGCUAUUAGCACGACACGAGCAGCCAAGUUAUGUGAAGAGGAUUCGCAACCAAUACCUGUUUACCGUGUAUUUGUCAUCGGUUUGCUUGUAGUGCUACGUUGCUGUUUGCCCUGUCACAGCUCAUCGCCAGAUAAGACGGCAGUGGCGACGGCUGGAAUGUUAUUGUAGCUCGGUAGCAGGCUAGCUAGGGCGUUUCUGUCAUUCUGUCACUGAAUUUUUAAUGUUCGACCCCUUUGGCAUCAUUGUCGGAGGAGAGAGCGAUGGGCUCCGGGGCCGUGGAUUCGUCCCAGUGGCUUUCCGUGAAGGAGGAGACAAUUUUCCUCCACGACGGACUCAUUCGGGUCACAGAUCUGGCCGAACUGCCCAGUGAAAUUGGAGUGUCAGAACAGGGGGACACGGAGCAAGAGAUUCUAACAUUUGAGACUAAAAACCCAGUAGAGCUCGCUGAGCGGCUUCGUGCUGUCUGUGGGAAUCAGAGUAAUGCAUAUGCUCGAUUGUUGGAGUACCGUCUCAAUGCUCUGCGUGGCCUAUGGGGUGCGCAGCGGCAGCUGGCCUUGGAGGAACAACAGGAGCGAGAGGGGACUGGAGGGGCUGAUGAGGAGACCUUGGCCUUGCUCAAAAGACAAGGUCUGCUCCAGCAACCGGAGCAGGCACCAUUCACCUCCCGUGUUGGUCUGCUGCUGGUCUUUCCCCUUUUACAGUCUCAGACUCGCAGUGACCCAGCGCUCUGUGGCGUCACAGCAGAGGUACUGCUAGCCUGCCUGCGGGACUGCCAGCCGCUCAGCCUCAGCAAAGAGCCCGCUGACUGUCUGAAUGGCCUGGAGGGGCUGCUCUGCACUUGGCUGGAAGAUGGUGUCCAGGAGUCCGGUCAAAGCCAGGGCCAGGCUCCGACACAGACCCUCCACACACACAGACAAAGGGAGAACGCUGCUGCUGCACUUGUGGCGCUUGCUUGUGCCAGAGGAUCUCUGAAGACCUUCAUCCACACAGUUCACCUGCUGCAGAAACAAACUGAUCUGGGCCAACUCCCUGUGUCAGAUGUCCUGUACAGACUUUUGCUCCUGGAAGGAGGCCCUGGCUCUCCUUCCUGUCUCUUGGGGGGGAAACACAGUGUGUCUUGGGGUUUCGAAGACAUGCUACCUACACCUGAUAAUUCAGCUGGGGGAGCAGAGAGUAAAGACACUGACCUGGGGCGCUGUCUAGCCACAGACGGACUCUAUCUGUAUACCACUAACUCCUCUGGGAGAGGACUCAGCAAGCUGGGCUCUGGUUUACAUGGGACACUGAGGGGUUUUGUGUACUGUCGAAAUGAAGAGUUGGAGCCUGGCUGGGUGGUGUUCAGCAGCGGCCGCCUCCUUCACCGUCCUUCCUCCUUCGAUGCCAAGCCUCAUCAGCUGUGCCAGGUCGUUGACCCCUUCACCCUCCAGGUGUGCCAGAUUGUGCCCAUGCCAGCCCAUCAUUUCCCUGUGGGCAGCAGUAUGACCACGCUGCACCUCUGCUCAGAUGGAACCUACCUGUACUGGGUCUGGUCCCCAGCUAGUCUCAAUGAGAAAACACAGAAAGGCCACUCUGUCUUUAUGGAUGUCUUUCACCUGUCGACACAGACGGGGUUGUGUGUUGCAGACAUCCUGCAGGAGAGAGUUAUUCUUACUCGCAAGGAAGGCGAGUCUUCCAAGUGCUUGAAUGAACUUCUCUUGAGUCGAAUGUCACGCUUCCGGGCAUCCCAUUCUGCCACAUUGGCUGCUCUCACAGGCUCUGCCAUUACUAACACUGUCAAAGAGGAACAGUCUGCUGUCAACACUAGCUGUGGACUCCCUUUGAAAACUCUGAGAAAGACGCCUAUGUAUGUAUGUGGAACUUACCUAGUGAUGCUGGUGUCACCGCCUGGUGUCUCUGGGAGCUCUGCCACACGCUCCUUGUUUGGAGGAACCAGCAGCCUGUCCUCUCUCAAAAUACUUGCCUCCAGCCUAGUUUUUAAUCUGGCUGACGGUCAGUUCAGCAGCCGCGCAGACCUCAUUGAUGCUCCUGGCAGUUCUUUAGGCAGAGGAGCCCAAGUUGCAGGGCUAGGAGCAUGUUAUGAUGCACUGAACAACUUGAUCUGGACCUGCUCCAGUGAUUACAUAGAUCAGUGGUGUAACCCUGGGAACCAAGCCUUUCAUCAUGUGUGCCAUAGGCUCGGCGUCAGCCAUGUCAUCAAAGAACCCAAAGAGGAAACUGUGGCCACUGGCGAGGUUAUCAACCAGCUACUUCAUCACAUAGGUGCUAUGUGUAUUCACCAGCUCAACCUGCUCGCAGCCAGCAGCAACAGCCUGCCCCUGGGUGCUCUACUAGGCAAACAACACCCCAUCGAGGCCCGUCACUUCAGCAGCAUCUGUGACAUUAUGGAAAAGGCUAUGGUUAAUGGAGAUACCUGCAUCAUCCGCUGCAUCUUAGUGGUGUUUCAGGUGGUAUUUAGGUUUUUCAAUCCUCAAUCAGAGCAGAAUAGGGAGAGUGUGCGUCGGUCAGGCCUACUCCUGUGGCAGCUACUCAUGGCUCCAGUGGACCAGAUUGGGGCAGAAAUCCAGAGAGAAGUGUGCCUGGCCAUCAGCUCAGGCCUGAAUACGUUAUAUCAGGGAGAAGCUGAGCUCAAUAAACUUCUGAAACUUGUACUGACAGAAGGUGAAAGGAACAGUGGUCUGUCUCAGCUUCGUGAUGUUAUUCUUACCAAUUUGGCAGACCAGCUGCAGAAGAAUAGAUUUGGCAGUGAAGAAGAUGAUCAUUACAGACUGAGUGAUGAGCUGCUGCAUUGUAUCCUGAAGACUGUUGUCCGGGAAUCCUGCCUUCUCAUUACCAAAUGUCAGACUGUUGCCCGAGAUGACUUCCAAAAGCUGCUCUCCACUGUGCCAGUGGUCUCACCUAGUCUGCGCUACCUCAUGGCUGUUCAGAACCACCUCCUCAGUAACACCAUUCUAAUCCGUCCUGAUGAUAAUGAUGACAGUGACAGCUCCCUACAAGGGGAAACAAUGAAGGUACAGGAGCUGCAAAGCAGCAUCCUGUCCCUGGCAACCAAAAUCCUUGUGGGUUGUGAUGAAGUGCUGGAAACUCUGCAGCAGGUGACCACCGCUCUAAUUAACAGUGACAUCCCCGACAGAGAAACCAGGUUGAAAGGUCUGGAACAGGUCACAAAGGCCACCAUGCUGGGGCACUUGCUACCUGUGCUGCUCACUUCUCUGAUGCACCCCAACCUGCAGACACUCACUCUUGCCGACGCUCUAAUGCCGCAGUUGGUCCAGCUGGUUCUGUACACCAGCCAGACUGCCCUGUUACUAAAAACACAGUCUCCACUUUUCACUGACGAGCCUCCACCAGUGGUUGGCUCUCUAGGCCAGGGGGCGAAGGCAUGUGCAGCUGAUGACAAGAUUCUUGAUGAACGUGAAGAACCAGGUUUCCUGACUGGACUUAAGAUCCCUGCUCCAUGGGCUGCUGGGAAGACAGUAGAGACUGUUCACCCUGUGCGAGACAAUUAUAAAUUCAAGGAGACAGUGCACAUCCCAGGGGCCCGCUGCUUGUACCUUCGCUUUGACUCUCGCUGCUCUUCACAGUAUGACUAUGACAAGUUGGUUAUCUAUGCUGGGCCAAACACUAACAGUCGUAAAGUAACAGAGUAUGGGGGAAACACUCUGGGAUACGGCAGUCGGAGUGUGUUGGGAACGGGGUGGCCCAAAGAUCUUGUCAAGGUUGAAGGUGACACUGUGACAUUUUCCUUUGAGAUGAGAAGUGGUCGUGAACACAACACCCCUGAUAAAGCCAUGUGGGGAUUCUCCUGCACUGUUCGAGCUCAGGAGUCAUCUGAGGAUGUCUCUGGAGGCCUGCCCUUCUUGGCAGACCUUGCGCUGGGUUUGUCAGUGCUGGCCUGCUCAAUGCUCCGUAUCCUGUAUAACGGACCAGAGGUGACAAGAGAGGAGGAAGCCUGUCAAGAUUUGCUCUGCUCAAAGCUGCUGCAAAGGUGUCAGUGGCAGGUGGAAGCAAAUGGUGCAAUCUCUCCUGCUCUCACACCCAGCCCUUCACCCCUGCCACUCACUAUUGAAGAGGACCGGGAGUUCACCUACCCCUCUGACGUGCUCAUACCACCUUCAGGCCUUAUGCCAGGGACAUACUUUGACUUGCCUCGUAUCCGCCUGCCUCCAGGCAUCAUGGGUAGAUUGCGAGAAGUGUCUGGAAGGGCUCGACCACAAUUCCGUCCCAGCAUCAAGGAGGUGAUCAGACCAGAUGUUAUGGAGGAGGUUAUUGUAUCAUGUGUCAUAAAACAUCUCAGCCUGGUGGAUGCUCUUCAGUCACUCGUUAACUACCAGUACCAUGAGGACCAUGCAGAAGAGUACGACCUGGUCUGUAAGAUCAUGGCUGAGACUUUCAAGAAGAUCAAUGCAAUGGAGCGCCAGCUACAGAGUGUAGCAGAAUUGGAACAGAAAUGGCAGAAUGAGGUAGAGGAGGCCCAGCAGGGGAAGCUGGAGAACAACACUCCAUUCUUCCAUGACUACCAUUUCUUUGAGAACAAAAUUAAGGAGCUUGAGCUUCUUUGUUCCUUGAAGGAGAUCCCACUUGAUUUUAGUGAUUUGGAAAAUGUUGUCCUUGCACUAAGAGAGAAGUUCUUUCAGGAGGUAAACACCAUGCACCUUAGAAGCAGCACCCCUCUGGCCAAAACUAAGGCAUUAGUGAAGAGUUUGAUGAACCGAACUGAGCUUCUCCUACAUGUUACCAUUGCUCCGCAUUGUAGAAGCCUAACCACCACACCUGCUGGCACACCAGGGCCAGCCUCUAAGUCAGUAUCGGAUGCCAAGACAGUGAUGCCCAUGGUGAAACAGCCGGUCUUUUUACGCAGCAUGUCUGCUCCCUCUGACUUGGAGAUGAUUGCUAAUCAGGACUUAGAGUUUACUCACCCUCCCCAAAGGAGACGACACCACCCUACUAGUCAUCGCAGCAGCUCAUUUACUCUGCUGCAGUCUCUAGCGAUAGAGGACAGCCGUGACAAGCCAACAUACAGUGUGUUGUUAGGACAGCUGUUUGCCUUUAUUGGGACUACACCCGAUCAGGCUGUGUCAAGCAGCAGCUUCCUGUCUGCUGCGCAGACACGAUGGAGACGUGGCAGUACACGGAAGCAGGCUCUUGUUCAUAUGAGGGAGCUGCUGACUGCUGCUGUUAGAGUAGGGGGUGUCACCCACUUGGUUGGUCCUGUCACUAUGGUACUUCAAGGUGGCCCAAGGAUUGAGGAGCUAACCUGUGGUGGAAUGGUAGAACAGGUGCAGGAGGCCUUUGGGGAGACCAUGACAUCUGUGGUGUCAUUGUGUGCUCGCUACCCCAUUGCUUGUGCCAACAGUAUUGGUUUGCUUUGCACAAUACCCUACACCAGGAGUGAAGAGCAGUGUCUAGUUCGGAGUGGCCUAGUCCAGCUUAUGGACAGUCUUUGCAGCUUAAGUGGUCAGAGGGAAUGCAGUUCAAAUGAGAAACAAACCAAAAAGCAGAAGGUAGCUACAAUGGCCUGGGCUGCUUUCCAGGUGCUGGCCAAUCGCUGCAUCGAGUGGGAGAAGGUAGAAGGUGGUUCUACAGAUGCAGUGCAUUCUGGUCUGGCACGGCAGGUGUCCAGCCUGCUGACCAAUCACCUGGCCAGAGCUACAGAGUGCUGUGGGAAUCAAGCAGCUGGCAAUGAUGCCUUACAGGAUGUGCUUAGUCUGCUCAAUGACCUUUCCAGGAGCCACAUAGGAAAAGCUAUUCUGAGCCAACCCGCGUGUGUUUCUAAGCUCUUGUCUCUGCUGCUUGACCAGAGACCUUCCCCAAAGCUGGUACUUAUAAUCCUGCAGCUAUGCCGAGCUGCGCUGCCUCUUAUGAGUGUGGAGGACUGUGGUAACGUGGCCCUGCCCUCAUGGAGCUACUCCAUCAACACAUUAGAUGCUGAGCAACAAGAUGCUAGCGACCCAGCCUCACGUAUUGCUGCCUUGCUUUUAGCCAAGCUGGCAGAUUAUGUCGUACCAGGAUGCCAGACUUUACUGUCCCCCAGCUCCUCUGAACCAGACACUAGUUUGUCCCGAGCCAGUUCCAAAGGAGCCCUGAAGUCUGAGGAUGUUGGGGAGGAGGGAGAGGCAGUUGAUGGCAAGCUGUCAAUUUUUAUUCACAAAAGAGAGGACCAAUCCUCUCAUGAGGUUCUGCAACCGCUCCUCAGCAGUUCAGAAGGACGACCUUUUCGGCUUGGCACUGGAGCAAACAUGGAAAAGGUGGUAAAGAUGGACAGAGACAUGACAAAGAGUGGAAGCUGUGAGGUGAUCACAGAAGAAGCAUCUGCUGCCCUAAGGAAGGCUAACAAGUGGGCUCAGUCUGGUCUGAUAGUGAGUGUUGGCCCACCUGUGGAGACUCUGGCCCAGGAGACCGCCGGAGGCAUCACCACUGGAGACAAGAAGAAAACUGCUCAGACUGCCGUAUGUAGAGACAGGAAUGCUGAGCUGGCCAGGUCGGACCCUGUCAGACCAUUUAUCAGUGGCCAUGUUGCCAACAGUAUGGCUGCUGAGGUUAUUGCCCUGCUGCACAGCCUGCUCACUGCCCCUGAAUCCAACACUGCACAGAUCUGGACGAGCACCGCUGAAAAAGUGCUUUCUCGGGCACUGAUGUUUAUUCCUCAGCUGGGAAAGUAUGCUGAGAGUAUUCUGGAGAACGGCAGCAGCAGUGGCAGGAAACUGGCUAAGCUGCAGGCCAUUGGCAGGCAGGCUGUUGCUGCACUCUGCGCUCUGGGGGGCUUCAAAGAAACCAUUAAGAUUGGCUCUGAGGUUCAGGUUAUUGGCAAAGGGGUCCUGGGGAGUGUGGGUAUAGUUAUGUCAAUCAAUGAACAAGAAGGCAUUGCAACAGUCAAGUUUCCCUCUUGUGAGUACAGAAGAGCCUGCAAAGCCUCCGACAUCCUAACUGUACCCAUAUCACGCCUCUGUACACCCAGAUCUGAGGCACUUCCACUUUAUAAGCUGUCUAUCACAGAAAAGGUGGUCCAAGCAGUGCAGUCCAUGCUUCUGCCACAGGAGGGCAGUCUCUCCAUUCACACCUCUCUGCCAGCUACAGGGGAUGGAUCCAGCCCAGUAAUGGCUGCAGUGCGCUUGCUUGCUGAAAUCCGAACCAGGGCAUGCCUGGUAAUGGCACAGCUCCUUGAAGAUAGCUCCUUCUGUGAGGAGUUCAUCCAGCAGUGUCCGGCUGCAGUUGAAGUUCUUAACCUAGUUGCCCAGGAAUGCAGCCCUGGGGAGCGGCUUGGCAUGGUUGAGGCUCAGUGUGAAAGAGUGAGAAUGUUAUACCGGGACUGUGCUCGGCCACCACCUCCACCUCUACAGACUGACAGACGUCAGCCUAAGGAGAUCACCUGGUGCCCAUCCAGAGUGUUUCCUCCAGUCCGUGCCUGUAUGUUCUCAUCUCGUCUGACAUCUGUCACCUUCCUUGCUGAUCCCAGUGCUGGAGGAGGACUACCCCGAGGAACCUUCAUCUAUGCCACAUCUCCUGUACCAAUUCAGGCCCCAUCCUUUUACUGGGAAAUAGAAAUUGUCUCCUAUGGAGACUCUGAGGAAGACAGUGGCCCAAUAGUGUCCUUUGGUUUUGCCACUGAAGCAGAAAAAAGAGAUGGAGCAUGGACUAACCCUGUUGGCACAUGCCUCUUUCAUAAUAAUGGGAGGGCAGUGCAUUAUAAUGGCUCCAGUCUGCUACAGUGGAAGAGUGUCAGGUUGGAUGUGGCUCUACUUCCUGGUGAUGUCGCUGGAAUAGGCUGGGAGCGGUCAGAGGGAACUCCUCCACCUCCUGGUCAGGCCCCUAAAGGAAGGGUCUACUUCACCUACUGUGGCCAGCGGCUCGGCCCCAUUCUUGAAGAUGUUGCUGGUGGGAUGUGGCCCCUGGUGCACAUUCAAAAGAAGAACUCAAAGAUUCGUGCCAACUUUGGAAGUCGGCCAUUCGCAUAUGCAGAAGGCCAAGCACAUCGAAAUGCAGCAGACUUAUGUGUGGACCUCGCUGAGGAAAUAAGUGCAAAUUUUGAAGCACUUCCCUUUGCUAUGGCCUCUGACAGUGAUAAUGACGCAGGAGCAAGUGUUACAUCUGACUCAGGAUCUCAUGGACCGCCUUGUCGAAUCGCAGCUGUUGCAGUUGCCCAGCAACAGUACAAUAGUGACCUAUCAUGCCAUUAUAAGGUCGAACUGAGCUAUGAGAACUUGGUUACCUCUGGGCCUGACCCACAUCCACCGCCCAUUGCAGAUGAUGAAAGUGACGAUGAGGAUGAUGAUGAUGUCCCAAGAGAGGACCACUACGCCUUGCUGGUUAAGGCCUGGGAGACUAAAGUGUUCCCAACCAUUCGUAGGCGGUUCCGUAACGAGGCCGAGAGAAAAUCUGGCCUGGACCAAAUCAAAGGAGCUCUGCAGCUGGGUAUGGUUGACAUUGCGAGACAGACAGUCGAGUUCUUGUAUGAAGAGAAUGGAGGCAUUCCUCGAGACCUCUACCUCCCCACCAUCGAGGACAUUAAGGAUGAGGCCAACAAGUUCACUAUUGAUAAAGUCCGCAAAGGUUUGACUGUGGUCAUCCGCUGUCCAGACAGCAACAAUACUAACAGCACUACUGGGGGAACAGCCUUGCCCAAGUUUGCCAUUCGGGGAAUGUUGAAGACUUUUGGUUUACAUGGAGUGGUGCUGGAUGUAGACUCUGUAAAUGAGCUGGUGCAAGUGGAGACCUACCUGCGCAGUGAAGGAGUGCUGGUGAGGUACUGGUACCCUAUCGAAAUGCUGGAGCGCCCACCUGCUGGAUCUCGACGUACCGCUGCUAAUGGUUUAGUCUCAUUAGACAGUAGCAACAUUCAGAUUCACAGGGAACUACUUCGCUGUGAGAGUGCGCUGGCUCGGUUAUACUGCCGGAUGGCUUUGCUCAACAUCUUUGCACCCAAGAAUCCCCACACUUUCACCCGACUCUUCCACAUACCUGCUAUCCGUGACAUUACCUUGGAACACCUGCAGCUUCUGUCCAAUCAGCUGUUAGCACCACCCCUCCCUGAUGGCACUAUUAGUUCUAGUUCUAUCCUGCUGGCCCAGUCAGUGCUUCACAACCUUCAGGGACAAAGUUGCUCUCCUACAGACCUUUUCUACCAGGGCAAUGCUCAGCCUAUCCGGGAGUGGCUGACCGUGGCCAUCACCCGUGCCUUGCAUCAGGGAGAGGAAAGUCUCCUAGAGCUCACCAAGCAGAUAUGCUGCUUCCUGCAGAAUGCGCCAGAGCAGUUUACCUCUGAAGAGUUUCCUGUGACUGAGUCAAAGGUCAGCAUGGAUGUCAGCUUUCCAGGUGCUGCAUUCGUGAUUGUGUCCUGUAAGGAGAGCCAGCUUGGCUGCCGCAAAGAUUCCAGCCUCUACAAGGCACCCUGGGCACGGGUAAUGGUGUAUGGCCUGGGUCAUAAAGUGCGUAGAAAUGGUCAGUUGAAUUUGAUGGAGGCAGUGUGCUAUCCUCUGGAUGCCUCACCCACCAACACAGGCCUUACUCCUCCUCCCACCACCAACCAGUACCCCUCUGUUAUCAUCCCCACUGAUAAGGUGCACAUCAAGCUAGGGGUGUCACCUCCCCCUGGUGCUGUUCUGGUGCUGCACUCCUUACCCCUUGAGUUCCCUUUGGCCAUGGCGUUUGCUGAACAGCUGUUGACGUGGAAGUUGGGAGAAAGCAGUGAACGAUCAGAAGAUGAGUUGGACACAGUGCCCUCAUCUGUAUUGCUGCAGGUGGUAGAACUACUAGGUGGUUUGCUGUGGACCACUGAUCUGGCUCCCUCUAUUAAAGAACUCAUAUUUCACUUGCUGGCUGAGCUCUUGCGGAAGAUCCACCACUUGGAACAGCGUAAGAGCCCUGCUGGUCUCUCCAGCUCCAUUGCUCUGUUACUAAACCCCUGCCUUGCGGUGCUCAUGGCCCUGCAGACAGAACUGCGAAAGCUGUAUGACAGAGAGACUCAGGGAUGGACAGCUGGAGGGGCUGGGGCUGGAGGGUCUACAUCAGGGGGUAUUGCAUUAGCUCUUGGUGCAGAGCAGAGCCGAUUCUCCACCUACUUCCACGCCCUGAUGGAGGUUUGUCUUGCCGUGGCAGAGGUGACACUUCCACUUAAUGUUGGAGGCUCUUCAGUGGGAGCGCUCUCCUCCACCAGCGCCCCUAACCUCAGUGACUCUUCCUCAUCCUCAUCAUCAUCCCCAGGCCAGACACCCCAGAGUCCCAGCCUGUUGUCCAAACGGAAGAAGGUAAAGAUGAAGCGUGAGAGAGCAGCAGCUGCAGUGGCAGCAGCGGUCUCUGGGAAACGUGGUAGUGGAGGUGCCCGCCUGUCGGAGAGUGACAGUGCUUUGUUGAAUAUGGCAGGUAGCAAGCCUGAGGACAUGCUGUGGUUCCAUCGCUGCCUCACUCUCUUAAUGAUUCUACGACAUCUAGCCAACAAAGACCCGCAGGGCUUAAGUGUGACCAGUGAUGCUGUAACAGAUGCCUGCCAGGCUUUGGUGGGACCCACUGCCCACAGCCGCCUGUUGGUGCUGUCUGGCAUCCCCACACAUCUGGAGGAGGCUGUGGUUCGAAAUGCAAUCCGUAGAGCUUGCAAUGCACACGGAGGACUCUUUAAAGAUGAAGUCUUCAUCCCUCUGCAGGAGGAAGACCCUAAGAAGCCCAAAGCUGGAGCUGGAGUUACAAGUCCUCCAGAUGGUAAAACGGGUCCUGAGCCUGAGCGUCCCUUUCCUAACAAUGGAGGCCCAGAGAGUCCUGACAGCUCCAGCAGUGUGACGCCAGCUAUGAGUGUGAGCGCCUCUGCCUCGACCAGUCAGACUUCAAUCUGCAGCUCCUCUCAAGGGGUCUCCCGCACUGCCAGUGAACUUUCUGUUGACCAAGAGUUGUUAGCUGUCCCUGCUCCCAACCCUGCUGCCGCCGCCUCUGCAGUUACAUACCCCCAGCAAGGACCCCGAGACCCUCAGACCGUUUCCAGUCAGGAGAGCCUAGAUAUCUCCCUGACCAGCACAGGAAGCCUGGGGAGUCUCGGCAGCUUGGGGGAGCCUCUUGACAGUGCUGAAACACCGUCUGUGUCAGAUGGGGGCUCUAUGCACACCGUCACCUCACUAGAGAGCAAUGCAGUCAUGGCCAGGCCCAUCAAGGGAUAUGCUGUCAUUGAGGUUCGCUCUCGAGCCAAAGUGGAAAAAAUCCGUGCCAGUCUCUUCAACAGUAGUGACCUCAUUGGUUUGUCCAGUCUGGAAGGUGAAGAGGAGCUCAUGGAAUUGACCAAUGAGGAGAUCCUGACGGCUUCUAGUGUAAACCAAAGCCUCUUUGACACACAGGGAAGCUCCGCCCUCGAGGACUACUUCCUAGAUAAGUCAAUCAGAGGGGACAAGCUUGUACCUGGAGCACGAGAUGUCCUCACAGACAUUUUUAAGAGCUGUGUGCAUUCAGAGCAGAUGCUUAGCCUCACACCAGCCAAGCCAGUCAAGGUGUCAGACAUUUACCUCAGCAAAGAGCAAAUCAACUCUCAGACCCCUGGAAACCUCCUGCACACAUUCUUCACUAAUGUUCGGCCUCCCAAGAAAGUGCUUGAGGACCAGCUCACUCAGAUUUUACGAAAGUACGGAACUCCCAAGCCCAAUAAGAACAAGUACAGCAAAGCAGGAAAAGAACAGCAUCAAGGCAAAGUAGUCAGCACCAAGAGACCCAUCACCAAGCCUCCCACCAAAGAAAAAUCUGUACUGAACAGUGUCAGAACUGCACUGAGUGAGAAGAAGACAGUUCUGAAGCCCAAAUCUCCUGAAAAAUCCAGGCCUGAUGAGAAAGAUGUGGAAAAGUCUCCUGCCAAGAAACCUGAAGUUCCAGAGGAGAAGUACCUGACACUGGAGGGCUUCCAUAAAUUCGCUGUUGAUCGUGCCAAACAGGACAUUCGAAGCGUCUGGAGGGCAAUUUUGGCUUGUGGCUAUGACCUCCACUUUGAGAGGUGCACUUGUAUAGACACCCGUCACGCCCAAAAGGCAUGUAGGAAGUGGACCUUGGAAAUGGAUGUUGCACUGGUCCAGUACAUCAACAGGCUGUGCCGUCACCUGGCUAUCACACCAGCCAGACUGCACCCACAUGAAGUUUACCUGGACCCCAGUGACACCGCUGACCCUCGUGUGGCCUGUCUGCUUAAUGUGCCUGUGGAAAGCCUGCGUUUGCGUUUUGCUCUGCUGCAGUCUCUUAACAACACCCUGGAGAGCUUCUUCCUGCCACUGGUGGAGCUAAGACAAACACAUACCUAUCAGAACAGCAUUGCAGCACUGUUAUGUGAGGCCAAAGGUCUAAUCUUCUAUGACACUAAGGUGACUGUUAUGAACAGAGUACUGAAUGCCACAGUCCAGCGGACAGCGGACCAUGCUGCUCCAGAGAUAUCACUGGACCCUCUAGAGAUUGUUGGAGGCGAGAUCCGAUCUUCAGAGAACACAUAUUUCUGCCAGGCAGCACGCCAGCUGUCCUGUGUUCCAUCGUCUCAGCUCUGUGUGAAGCUGGCCAGCGGUGGUGACCCCACCUACGCCUUUAACAUCCGCUUCACAGGAGAAGAAGUUCAUGGCACAAGCGGCUCCUUUAGACACUUCCUAUGGCAGGUGUGUAAGGAGCUGCAGAGUUCUGCUCUUUCCCUGCUGCUUCCUUGCCCAAGUGCUGCAGCUAAUCGCAACAAGGGGAAGUACAUCCUGACUCCGUGCCCUAUCAGCUAUGCAGAGGAACAGUUGCUACAUUUCUAUGGUCAGCUGCUGGGCAUAGCCAUCCGAGCAGACGUGCCACUUCCUUUGGACCUACUGGGCUCUUUUUGGAAGGGUCUGGUGGGCGAGUGCCUCGACCCAGAGCAGGACCUGCAGGAGGCUGAUGUGCUCACCUACAACUAUGUGAAAAAGUUUGAAAAUGUGAGUGAUGAUACAGAGCUGGAGGCGCUGUGUGCAGAAAUCUCUUCCCAGCACCAUUCGGGAGAAAGCCCUGAUUCUCCCAGCAGGCCCUGCUGCACCUUCACCUAUGUCACUAUGACUGGGGAGGAGGUGGAGCUUUGUCAGGGUGGUCGCAGCCUCACUGUCAGCUGGGAGAAUAAGGAUGUGUAUGCGCGGGCAGUGCGGAACCUUCGUCUACGAGAGCUACAGAACAUGGAGUGUAUGACAGCUGUUCGAGCAGGCCUGUCCUCCAUCAUUCCUCUGCAGCUGCUCACUAUGCUGAGUCCCCUUGAGAUGGAACUGCGCACCUGUGGCUUGCCUUACAUCAACCUGGAGUUCCUCAAGGCUCACACUAUGUAUCAGGUGGGUCUGAUGGAAACUGAUCAGCACAUCGAGUUCUUCUGGACGGCUCUGGAGAUGUUUACUCAGGAGGAGCUCUGCAAAUUCAUCAAGUUUGCCUGCAACCAGGAGCGCAUCCCCUUCACUUGCCCCUGCAAAGAUGGGGGCCCUGACACCGCCCACGUUCCUCCGUACCCAAUGAAGAUAGCACCUCCUGAUGGAGCAGCAGGUCAGCCAGACUCACGCUACAUUCGAGUGGAGACCUGUAUGUUCAUGGUGAAACUGCCCCAGUACACGUCUUUGGAUGUGAUGCUGGAGAAACUACGAUAUGCCAUCCACUACCGUGAGGACCCACUUAGUGGCUAAGAAGACUUGAUAUCCCAACUUCACCUAAUCACAUAUGCCUGCCCUUUUUCUCUCACCUUUUUGUUUUUACUGAUCCUCCACUCUCUCGGACCUUCCUCUGAAACAGAUGACAGUCUUUUAUGUUCUGCUGCUCCAAUAAAGACACAUUUAUUUUAUUUUA